UCGGGUUGUCUUUCAUUCGAUUCGGGGGAUACACGGCCGGUCGGCAUGCGAUGCCCGACUCAGUGGGCCUGCUUCCUCCGGUCGGCCUAUCUCCGUGUCGACUCUCCGGACCUUUGACAUCCACGCCUCGUUGACCUUCCAUCAAUGAGGGUCCCCCAUUUUUAUCACCAGAUCAUAUAAUAUCUAUUUAGUGUAUUAGGGAAAAAUUACUAAUAAAAAAAGCUAAUAAAAAAAAGACCAACUGGACGAAUAUAAUAUAUAUUCUCGUUGGGAUAAUUAUACGUUAUUCAUGGCAAAUUGCUAAUAAAAAAAAGACCAACCGGACGGCUCCAUAGUCAAUACCUCAGUCGCGUUUCAAAACGAAUCUCCUCCACGCACCGACCUUCCCUUCAUUCUCCACUCUACGAGCUCCUGUGACGAUGGAUCUGGGGGAGUCGAUCGCUCGCCAAACCUCCUUCGCCAUCCGCCUCUCGAUGCACGUCGGCGCGGCCGUCGCCUCCGACUGCAACCUCGUCUCCUCCCCGCUUUCCGUCCAUCUCGUCCUCGCCCUCGCUGCCGCCGGCUCCAAGGGCCGUACGCUCGACGAAAUCCUCUCCUUACUCGGCCUCAGCUCUGGAAAACUAGCCGAUCUCAACUCCCUCUCCUCGCAGAUCGUCUCCCUCGUCCUUGCUGACGGGUCGCCGAGCGGUGGGCCGAGGGUUUCGUUCGCCAAUGGAGUCUUCGUUGACUCCUCGGUGACGCUGAAGCCGUCCUUUAACGAUAUCGUCGCCAAUACGUUUAAGGCGGAGGUCAAAGCAGUAGAUUUCCGAACCAAGGCUGAUGUGGUAGCAGAUGAAAUUAACGCCUGGGUUGAAAAUGUUACUUCAAACUUGAUCAAAGAGCUCCUUCCUCCCGGAUCUGUCGACAGUGACACUAGAUUGGUCCUGGGGAAUGCACUCUACUUCAAAGGAUCCUGGACUGAAAAGUUUGAUGCAUCUAAGACAUUAAACUCUGAAUUCUACCUGCUGAAUGGAACAUCUGUCGAAGUGGCUUUCAUGACUAGUAGGAAAAAACAGUUUCUGGCCUCAUACGAUGGAUUCAAGGUUCUCAGGCUUCCCUAUAAGCAAGGUGAAGAUAAAAGGUCAUUCUCUAUGUAUAUCUUUUUGCCAGACGCCAAAGAUGGUCUAUGGAGUUUGGAGGAGAAGUUAAACAGUGAAUCUGAGCUCUUAACACGUUUUCUUCCUAUGCGAAAGGUUGAAGUGAACAAAUUCAAGCUGCCCAAAUUCAAGAUAUCAUUUGGUUUUGAAGCGUCUGCAGUGUUGAAAAGCUUGGGUCUGUUAUCACCUUUCAGUGUAGAUGCAGAUUUGUCAGAAAUGGUGGAUUCGCCUAUUGGACACAACCUCUAUGUAUCAUCAAUUUUCCACAAAUCCUUCAUUGAAGUCAAUGAAGAAGGAACAGAAGCAGCUGCUGCUUCUGCUGCAGGAUUGAUGUUGUGUUCAAUGCCAUUACGCAUGGAUCCACUGGACUUUGAAGCUGAUCACCCAUUUAUGUUUCUGAUCAGAGAAGACAUGACAGGAGUACUGCUGUUCACUGGGCAUGUUCUUAAUCCAUCAAUUGAGUAAGCUAUAAAUAUGGUAUCGAUCUCCUUGGAUCUUCCAAGAUUUUGUUUCUGUUGAAAUGUACUGAGUUUCAUGCAAGAACGUUUGCUGGUUGAUGCUACGAGUUCUCUGUCUUCUAUGACAAGACAGGUGUUAUAAUAUUUAAAUAAUGAUACAUUCUUAUC